AUGGAGGGGAAAAUUGCAGCGCGCAAGGACAAGGAGAAGGCGGCAGAGGCGGCGAUCUCUUCAGUGAGCGGCAAGAGCGCGGCGGGGCCAAAGCCGAAACGGGGGUGCAUGGAAGACUUCUACGGAGACGAGGGUCUCUCAUCCACGCGGAAUGCCGACGAGGCGAUAUGCCUCUAUUUCGCGGGGAUGCGCGUGGCGGAACGGCAGUGCGAGAACCCCCUCUUCCUCAACAUGCUUCGCGCCGUCACCGCCGCCGGCCCCAACUACGUCCCUCCCAAGCGUGACUACGUCGGCGGCGCCGGACUCCUGGCGUGCAAGAAGAGGAUCAAGAAGGGAUUGGCGCCGAUUACCGACACGUGGGCGAAGACGGGCGUGACGAUCGCCAGCGAUAUGAGGACGGACAAGAGCGGGCGCGCGCAGAUGAACAUCCUGCUCCUCAACGACGCCGGUGCUGUUUUCGUCAAGGCAGUUGACUGCAAAAUGGAGCUGAAGAGCGGAGCGUUCGUGGCCGGCAUCUUGCGCCCGAUCAUAAAGAAGAUCGGCCCGGAGAAUGUCGCCGUGCUGUGCAUGGACGGUGGCAGCAACUACGCGUCGGCAUGCAAGCUGCUGCAGGCGGAGUGGCCGCACAUCGAGCAUGUGCCAUGCGCCACCCACGUGCUCGACUUGCUGAUGGAGGACAUCGGCAAGAUGGAGUGGGCGCGAGACGUCGUCGGCCGAGCGGGCGACAUGAUCACGUUUCUACGCUUCACGUGUGGACGCGCGUUUUUUUGCGGAGCCCGGAGCUGCACGCUUCGCUCGCAGCUGCUGCAGAUGGUGGUGCAUGACGGCUGGAAGAAGAUGAAGGGGAAGAAGGGGACGAAGGAGAAGAAGACAACGGCGUGUGACUUCGAGGCGUGGGUGAUGGAUGUGGAUUGGUGGGAGAAAGCGGGGUUUUUUUUGCAGAUUAUGGAGGUGCCAUUCAUGGUGAUGAGGAGGACGGACUCGCAGGCGAAGGGGAUGAUGGGUGCUAUCUAUGACAUCAUGCUGCAGCUGACGGAGGACAUGGCGAAGCUGCUGGAUGGUGAUAUGUGUAAGCUGAAGGAGGAGGAGAAGGUGGAGGUGCAGGAGCACUUGAGGCGCCGUUGGGACGAGAGUUUGGCGUGCCCCCUUCACGCGGUUGGCCUGAUCCUUAAUCCGGCCAACCAGCUGGAGGAGAUUUUCCUGCGUGACGUCGAGUGCACCAAGGUGAUGAGGGAGUGGCUCGCCGGCUCUAAGGUCUUUGUCGACAAGUUCUGGAAGGGGAAGAAGGGGCCGCACAAGAGUUUGCAGGAGGGGAUGUUGGCGUACAUCAACGCCACUGGGAGCUUCGGAUCGGAGGAGGCGAGAUUGGGGCGUGAGGAGCUGCAGGAUGGGAAGGGGGACGUGCUGGCGUGGUGGCAGUAUCACGGCUGGGAGUAUGCAGACCUGGCUGGACUUGCGCGUCGUGCGCUGUCCCAGCCAGUUUCCGCCGCCCCGUGCGAGCGGAACUGGUCUGUUUGGGACGGCGUGCACACGACACGCAGGAACAGGCUCGGGUCGGAGAAGGUCCGGGACCUUGUGUACGUUGCACACAACUGGACAGUUGUGCACAAACAUCACAAGGGAGCGGCUGUUGCAGGGCCUAGUGGGGUGGGAAGGAAGGGGGGGAUCGUGGAGGGGAACAUUCCCACUCCCCCCCUCCCCGAGGUCUACAAGCUGGAGGAGGAUGGGGAGGUGGAGGAGGAUGAGGACGCGAUCUGUGUGGAUGAGCACGCGCACCAGGAGGAUGGCGAGGAGGAGGAGGAGGGCGAGGAGGAGGAGGGCGGGGAGGACGAAGAUUAG